AUGGGGUUGACAGAUCACAAAUACGCUGUCCGGGUGAGGCUUGUGUGGAGGGGGCCGCAGGAGUCAGGUCCUGGUGUGUGGAGAUUCCCGGCGAGGCUCGCCGAGAAGCCGGGGGUGAAGGCGGUGAUUGAUGAUGUGGUCCAGAAGCAGGGGGAAGGUGGCUGCGUGGAGUUUGACAAGUUGUCAAGGUGUUUAAACGCUCGCCUGCGGAAAUAUGACAAGGAAGAGAGGAAGAGGGUCAGACAGACGAGGAGAACUUUAGAAACGCAAGUGGAUGCGUUGCAACGCAGAGUCAUGGCGGACCCGGGAGAUGAUGAGCUACAAGCUCUCCGGACCACACGGGAGGCGAUGCUGAAGAGGUACUGGGAUGGCUGGAGGAAUUUGCUGCAGACACGGACGGGGUUAAAGGUGCAACUAGACGGAGAAGCGCCGACUGCCCUGCUCUCAGCCCUGGUGAGGAGCAGGAAGGCAAAGACGGGUAUUAAGGAGCUGGUACGAGAUGGGGUCAGUUACUCCGAGGCGAAGGCUGUGCUCGGUGAGGCCACAAGGCAUUUCACGAUGGCGUUUGAUGUUGGCUCUGCAGGCGGAGGGGAACAGUACGGCUUCCUGCCAGGGAAGAGACUUACGGAUGCGGUGUCGCUGGUAGCGGAUAUAAUUGAUGCGGCCAAGAACAAGAACAGGGACUGGUACCUCCUGCUGAUUGAUUUUGAGAAGGCAUACGACUCAGUGCGUCGGGAUUUCAUGCUGGAGACAAUAGCGAAGCUGGGUUUUCCACCGCGGUUUGUGGGCUGGAUCAAGGCACUGCACAAAGACGUUCACACGCGACUGUGCGUUAACGGUUGGGUGGGUGAAAAGAUUCAAAUGCGUAAAGGGGUGAGGCAGGGAUGCCCGCUGGCCCCUUACCUUUUCCUGUGCGCGGUGGAGCCACUAAGCCGCUUGGUGGAGGAACGGAAGCUGGGGAUAGGAGAGGAAGGUUGCGAGCGGCUGGCGUACAUUGGGUACGCAGAUGACACAACGUUGCUGCUGGACGGUGUGCAUCAGCUGAAGGAAGUGGAGCAGGUGUUGAAGGACUUCGCAGAUGCGCCAGGCCUGAAAUUUAAUAAGGGGAAGUCUGCGCUCCUGCCACUGGGGUGCAACGUGGACAAAAGCGCGCCAGACGAAACGGAAUUUAAGUGGGUGAAGAAAGAUGUAGCGGAAAGGCUGCUGGGUGUCUGGAUUACGCCAGGUGGGAAUGGGGAGAUGACGUGGGAGAAGGCAUUUGACAAAGCAGCGGGGGAGCUAAGUAAGUGGCAUAGCAAGUAUCUCACGACGGGCGCGCGGGUGACGAUCAUCAACAGCUAUGUGCUGCCGGUGUUCAUCUUCCAGGCCCAGGUGUACCCGCCGGAGGAUCUGCUGUGGAAGAGGGUGGAAAUGCUGAUAGAGAAUUUCGUGUCAGGGAACCACGCGGAUACGGAGAGACAUUUCAGGUUAUGGAGUGGGGAUCUGAUUUACGCGCCAAGGGAACAGGGUGGGCUGGGAGUGGUCGACCCGAGGGGGAGAGUAGACAGUGUCGCUCUGCGGUGUGUGGGCUUGGCGUUGCUUCAAGGGUGUCCGCUCAGAAGAGGUGUGACGGAGAGUGCUGCUGACCUGCCAUUGGGGUGGGCUACACUGUAUGCGCACAAGGCGGUGUUAAGGGGGGGCUUAUUUCAGAGCAGGAGAUGGGCUAAGCUUUGCAAGACAGUGUUGAAAUCGUCAGUGGUGACAGUACCUGGUGCAGCCUCACGUUGGGAUGUGGCGGGGGAGUAUCUGUGUUUCAACAGCAGUAUUCCGCACCGCGGGAAGGCCCCGUUUGGAGAGGAUGAGCUGGCCCGGGAGCUAGGCGACAAGAAAAGUGCGGAGAUGGUGCUCAAGGCUUUUCAUGCGGCCCCGGCGCAGUGGAGGGAGUGGUUGCUUGCCCCGUUAAUGGCGGAGGAGAUUAAGGGUGUCUCGCCGGUGGUAAGCACCACGUUACCAAGUCAGAAAAGGUGCCUCUGGGAGGUGUGCGGGACCAACGGCAGGAGGGUAGGGCUGCAAGCCCUGAACGGCAGCGGGGAACGUGUUGCGUGGAACAUUAGGGUGGAACUGCGCUGUGAAAGUGUAACCCCAGUGAGGCUCGACCAGGGGCGUGUGGUGGGGGAUGCAGGUGACCCUAGGGUAAGGCUGCUGUUGUCAGUUUUGUUUGACGGGAAGGAGGUGGUUCUGCUGAGGAAGCUCAGGGAGCCGAGCAAAGGGGCGGAAGCUGUGGCGGAAAAACGGGCAAAGUGGGAAGCGCGGGCGGGGAGGAGCAUCGAUUGGGAACAGGGGAGGAGGGUAAGGGACUCCCUCGCUGUCCCGGCAACGGCGAGAGAUGUCCUACUAAGGGUGCAGAAUCUCAACCUCCAGGUGGGGGAGAGAGUCUAUUUCUUGGGCGGCGGGUUGACGUGUCCGCACUGUGGUGGCACAGAGACGUUGGAGCAUUGUCUGUUGGAGUGCCCCCACAUCCUGCCGGUGGUGGCUGCGGUCAAGUCGGCGUUAUGCAUGAUGCAGCCGGGGAGGCACGUGAAUGACCUGGCAGGCCUAUUGUUCGGGGCGGAGGAGACGGAGUCGGGUUUUCCGGAAGCGACUAUGAUGGCGAUAGCGGUGCACCAGAUCUGGCUGGGGAGUUUCUCGCGUGAGAUUCGCGGCAUCGUUUGGCGUGUCCGGAAGCCAUUGCGCCUAGUAGGCGUCGUCAUUGCCUCACCUCCUAUCGACGUUCAAUCUGCGAUACCCUAG